AGAUGAAGAUCGAGGAGGUCAAGUCUACCACCAAGACAGAGCGCAUAGCAUCGCACAGCCACGUCAAAGGCCUUGGUCUUAAUGAGAGUGGAGCAGCUGACCCUGUUGCUGCUGGUUUCAUCGGGCAAGAAAAGGCUCGUGAGGCUGCCGGCAUUGCCGUCGACCUGAUCCGGUCAAAGAAGAUGGCAGGUAGAGCCGUCUUGUUUGCUGGAGCGCCUGGAACAGGAAAGACAGCGAUUGCCUUGGGUAUGGCCAAAGAGCUGGGGCCGAAGGUUCCUUUCGUUCCGAUGGUCGGAUCGGAAGUGUAUUCAUCAGAAGUGAAGAAAGUUGAGAUUCUGAUGGAAAAUUUUCGACGAGCCAUCGGCCUUCGCAUCAAGGAGAACAAAGAAGUGUACGAAGGCGAAGUGAUCGAAUUGACACCGGAAGAAACUGAAAAUCCGCUUGGAGGAUAUGGGAAGACCGUCUCUCACGUCAUUAUCGGUUUGAAAACAACGAAGGGUACCAAGCAACUAAAACUGGAUCCAAGCAUUUAUGAGUCGUUGCAAAAGGAGAAGGUUGUUGUUGGAGAUGUGAUUUACAUCGAAGCCAAUUCUGGAGCAGUGAAGAGGGUGGGUCGAUCAGACGCCUACGCGACAGAGUUCGAUCUGGAGGCCGAAGACUACGUUCCUAUGCCAAAGGGAGACGUUCACAAAAAGAAAGAAGUUGUUCAAGACGUCUCCUUGCAUGACUUGGACGUUGCCAAUGCGAGACCACAAGGAGGUCAAGAUAUUUUUAGCAUGAUGAACCAAAUUGCGAAGCCUAAGAAAACGGAAAUUACUGAAAAGCUUCGCAUGGAAAUCAACAAGGUUGUCUCCAAGUACAUCGAUCAGGGAGUGGCAGAGCUUGUGCCUGGCGUUUUGUUUGUCGAUGAGGUGCACAUGUUGGAUUUGGAGUGCUUCACAUAUUUGAAUCGAGCGCUUGAGUCCACACUUUCCCCCAUCGUCAUCUUCGCCACUAAUCGCGGGAUGUGCACUGUACGUGGAGCGGAUAUCGUGUCGCCACACGGCAUCCCUGUAGACUUGCUCGAUCGAUUGUUGAUCAUCCGAACUGAGCCUUACAGCGUGGAAGAGAUGGCACAGGUCAUUGCUCUUCGUGCCAAGACUGAAGGAAUUGAGAUUGAGGCUGAUGCUCUUGUCUCCCUCUCUCAGAUCGGUGAAAGGGCUACGCUGCGAUAUGCUGUUCAGCUCCUCACCCCUGCCAACAUCAUCGCGAGAAUGAACGGUCGAACCAGUAUUGCUCCCGGUGACAUCGAAGAGGUCGACAAUCUCUUCUUCGAUGCCAAGUCUUCUGCGAAACUUCUUGCAGAGCAGGCCGACAAGUACAUUUCAUGAUCUGGGAUCCUCAAGCAACAAUAAACAAAUAAUUUCCU